AUGGCUGGCCCCCCUCCUCCACCACCCCCAAUGAUGGCGGGUGCGAUUUCCAGCGGCCAAAACCCCGCUGUUGCGGCCUCAGCGGGUGCCGGAGGAAGAGACGCCCUGCUCGGCGACAUUAGAAAGGGUGCAAGGCUCAAGAAGGCUGUUACGAACGAUAGAAGCGCUCCAAAACUUGGUGGCGGAGUGGUAGGCGAAGCAUCGCCACCUUCCGGCGCUCCUGACAUCCCCGGACGGCCUCCAGCUCCCGCAACAGCUCCGCCUGUUCCAGUGGGAAAUGCACCUCAGCUGGGUGAUAUUCUCGCUGGAGGCAUACCAAAAUUACGCAGCACAAGUGCUUCCGUGGCACCGGUGGCUCCUGCUCCUCCUGCUCCUCCGGUAAAUAACUCUGCUCAUGCUCCUUCCUCUGCACCUCCCAUUCCAGGGUCUGCACCCCCUCCGCUCAAUCCACAAGUUCCAUCUGCUAGACCCCAUAUGCCUGCAUCGAGGCCUACCAGGAGGACCGCCAAUGCACCUGCACCUGCACCUGUGGCGUCCGCUCCCCCACUGCCUAUGACCGGCGCACCUAAGGCCCCAUCACUUGUAGUGCCUUCUCUGCCUAAAGUUGGUGCUCCCACAGCACCACCAGCGCCACCGGCCCCGCCAGCCGCGUCAGCACCACCUAUCCCAAGGGCCUCUGCACCUCCUGCACCUCCAGCACCUCCUGCACCUCCAGCACCUCCUGCACCUCCAGCACCUCCUGCACCUCCAGCACCUCCAGCACCUCCAGCGCCUCCAACGCUGCCGGCCUUCUCAGCUCCAAGUGCUCCCUUCACUUCGACACCUCCGGCACCACCACCACCGCCACCAACCUUAGCUGUACCACAGGCACCACAGGCUCCAAGAGCACCACCGGCACCAACUGCAUUACCAGGUUUAGCUACCACAUCAGCUCCAGCACCACCAGCACCACCAGCACCACCAGCACCACCAGCUCCUCCGGCACCUCCAGGUCCCCCAGUACUCCCAGCAAUGAAAGUUCCUGUAGCUAAAUCCGCACCGCCAGCGCCUGCAUCCUCGGCCCCAUCCCAAGGUUUGCCCUUCCUAGCUGAAAUACAGAAAAAACGGGACGAUCGCUUCGUUAUUGGCGAAAACGCGAAUUACACUACACAGACCCAGCAAGGGUCAGGGUUCGUGCCUUUGAAAGCAGAUGUUCCAGAACCUCCAAAGACUACCUCUUCAGGACCGGGUAUGUCUUUCCUGGACGAAAUGAAUUCGAAGCUUCAUCGGAGUUCCGCAGCCGUGCCACCCUCAAUACCACCACCAUCACCAAGUGGCGGAGCUCCUCCUAUACCUAUUGCAAGUGCCCCUAGUAUACCCAAAGCAUCGGCACCGCAUUCAGUUGCGCCACCUUUGCCACAAAGUUCAGCACCAAAAGCUCCUCCGGCUCCUCAACUACCUCCAGUGUCAGCACCAAAAGCUCCACCGAUCCCCCAACUACCCUCAGUGUCAGCUCCGAAGCCUCCUUCAGCUCCUCCACUGCCACAGGCUGCAGCGCACCAAAAUUCUGCUAUGACCUCCAAACCAGUUUCAGCGCCAAAUAUUGUUGGUGCUUCUCAAGUUACAUCAGCUCCGGCGCCAGGAGGAUUACCAUUUCUUGCAGAAAUUGAAAGAAAACGAGACGAUUCUCAUGUGGUGGAGGGGUUGGGGAACGCAGGAGAUGCCAACGCUGGACGUUCAACGGCAGGAGCUCCUUCAGCACCUCCUUUACCUAAAGUGAGCGCUCCAGUUGCACCAUCUAUACCCAGUGCACCAGCCCCACCAUCUAUACCCUGUGCACCAGCUCCACCGUCUAUAAAAAGUGCACCAGCUCCUCCAUUUUUGCCUAGUGCACCAGCUCCUCCAUCUAUGCCCACAUCUUCUCCUACUGCCCACGCAGCCAGUUCAACUUCAAAAUCACCUCCACCACCACCUCUCAAUGGAAGCACAGGUACAAACCUCAAACAGCGGUUGUUUUCCAACAAUGAUGCCAAUCGUGCCAAUCAUGCGACGAAUCCACACACAAACCAACCAGAAAUCGAGACUAACAACUUCACCAUAAGUGGAAGCUCGACUACCACUGGUGUUAAACUCGAAAAUACAAAAGUUGUCAUCGAUGACACCCGUUUUAAAUGGACCAACAGUUCUCAAUUACCCAAGCCACGGACAUUUUCAAACAAAACGAAGCUAUACCCCAGUGGGAGAGGUAGCAGUGUUCCAUUGAAUUUAGCGCUCUUUUCGUAG